GCCGCCUCGUCCGGCGACUACCUCGCACCGCCUUCCUCGCUCCCCCAUCCGGAGCGGGUCCUCGGUCCCUGGAUACCCCAUCGUCCGAUCAGUAACGACUCCCUCCGGUUCCUCCCGGCUCGCUUUCAGUGCGCUCGAGCUAUCUUCUCCAUGGCUUCUUCUGAGAAAAUGCAGUAAUCAUUGGAGGAGCAUUCUCUAAUUGGAACAUAUGACUCAAGCCAACUACAAUACCCAGAGCUGCUGAGGUUUUAUGGACAAAUGUCUACAUUGUCAGCUUCAGAAAGUAGGCCAGUGCAAAGAUAUGAGAACUCGUAUCGACGCUACACGUGGCAUAAUCGGGUUGCUCACAAUGCACCGGUUUUGCCAUUUAGAAGAGAAGCACCCAACGGUUGGUGCAGCUAUUAUUCGAUAAUAGCUGCAUUUGAGUCGCAUUUGAGACUUCAACAUAACAUUCAAGAUGAUCUUUCAAUUGAUUAUCUUUGGAGGAAAGAUCGGAAAGUCAAAAAUGAGAUGAUUAAAGAUGGCACUUAUGCAAAGAUGAAAAUGACCAGAAACAUUAGGAUCAUGGAAAUACUAAAAAGAACUGGAAUUCCAACACACAAGUCAUAUGUGUUAUUUUGUCAGGAAAAAGCACCUUGUCUGAUGCACAAGAUAAAGGGAUACGCCAAAUAUGAUGUCAAGUGUCGAGGCCAUAUACGUAUGGCGCUCCGGAAACACCUGUUCCAUGGUCCUAUGGUUGCUGCAUUUUACAUCAGUACUAAUUAUGUGCGAUGCAUGCGAUAUGGUUCUAUAUAUGUCUUCAAUAAGCAUGCUCCUGUUUUGGAUGAAGAAACGAAUGAAAAAAUUAGCCACUCUGUCUGUGUAAUUAGUUUUGGCAUCGAGGGCAAAGUUCCCUUUUUGUUGUUUAGGACUGAGAAUUUGGAUUGGCCAUCUUACGGAAGAGUUCAAUUUCAGUCAGUCAAAGAGUUAUAUGGGAUUGACUUAUGAGAUAUAUUACGAUGUUUUAAACAGCACUCGUUGUAAGAUAUUAUAAAUUUGUUUAAUGGUGUUGUUUAUUUGUAAGAUUAUAUUAGUACGGAACACUUUAUGUCCUAAGAAGAUCGAACUUUGCAUCAUGUACAAGGCUUUCGUGAAGCAGGUUGUCUCUUCUAUCUUUUG